CCACUCUUACUGUCAUAACACCAACUACGACUCCACAUGACCAUGGACCAGUGUCACCGAUCAUAUUUUCCGGCGACUUUCUAUCAUCUCACCGGAAUUUUCCUACUCUUAGUAACUUCCCCAGUUAAUGGGUGGCGUCCAUGGGCCAACCAAAAGCCCAACACCACCGAUUUAUUGUACAGCCCAUCCAAAAAGUAUGAAGGCUCAUCGGACUUAAUCCAGUUAAAAUACCACAUGGGUCCUGUUCUCACUGCCAACAUCACCGUUUACCCCAUUUGGUACGGCCAAUGGGGCAAAUCUCAGAAAAGAAUUAUCCGGGAGUUCAUCAACUCAAUCUCCGCCGUCGAUUCCAAGCCGCCGUCAGUUUCCGGUUGGUGGAAAACAGUCCAACGUUACACCGACCAAACCGGAGCCAACAUCUCCGGUAAUGUACGCAUAGGAGCUGAAAAAAACGACCGGCUUUACUCUCAUGGUAAAUCGUUAACCCGUUUAUCAAUUCAGUCUGUGAUAAAAUUUGCCGUCACUGCAGCCAGUACCACUCUCCCUCUACCGAUAAAUUCCAAAAGCGGUGUGUAUUUACUACUCACAUCUGAUGAUGUUUAUGUUGAAAAUUUCUGCCAAGAUGUUUGUGGAUUUCACUAUUUCACUUUCCCUUCAAUUGUGGGUUACACUUUACCAUACGCAUGGGUAGGUAACUCCGGCAAACUAUGUCCAGGUGUUUGUGCAUACCCAUUUUCCGUACCCGAUUACAUGGGUCGGGGUUUCAAAGCUGUGAAAUCGCCGAAUAAUGAUGUUGGUGUUGACGGAAUGAUUAGUGUGAUUGCUCAUGAAAUUGCUGAGUUAUCUACGAAUCCAUUGGUGAAUGCUUGGUAUGCAGGUGAAGAUCCAAGUUUUCCGGUGGAGAUAGCGGAUCUUUGUGAAGGGAUAUAUGGGUCGGGUGGUGGCGGGUCGUAUACGGGGCAAAUGUUGAACGGUGAAGAUGGUGCAACGUACAAUAUGAAUGGGAUAAGAAGAAAGUUUUUGGUUCAGUGGGUGUGGAAUCAUGUUGUGAAUUAUUGUACUGGGCCUAAUGCACUUGAUCAGUAAAAUUUUCAUUU